GUACUCACUUCACUUUAGUCAAAUUUUGCUGUGUGCGGGAAUCGCAGCUGUGGGUGCAUUUUAUCGCUGUGAAUCUCUGUGAUACUGCCCAGUGUUGGGGAUGCUGAUCCCUAAGUGAUUAAACUACUAUCUUAUAGUGCGAUUGAUGUGAAAGAAGGUGACCAAAAGUGAGGAGAAAGACGUGAAAAGUGCGCGUGAAAAAUUUGCAGAAAGUGUCGCAGUUUUCUAGGGUGGCGUCUCACUUUUUUUCCGGGGGGACUUUUGAUCGCUCGAGGGGGGCUUUUGUGGUUCUUGGAGUGUUUUUGUGUGCAGUUUGACUCCCUGGGUGUGUUCCAUGAUGCGUGAAAAUUGACUUUGGCUGUUUGGUGAGGGGAUUUUCGCGUAUUUCCGCUAAUUUUUGUGGUGCAAAAGAAGAAGGGGGUCAUCACUAAUGGUGGUCUGGAGUAAUUCACGCCUGGUGAGGAUUCUCCUGGUGGGGGAUCAGGGUGUGGGCAAAACCUCCCUCAUUCUGUCACUCGUGAGCGAGGAGUUUCCCGAGGAGGUGCCCCCAAAGGCAGAGGAAAUCACCAUUCCUGCUGAUGUGACACCCGAACAGGUGCCCACAAACAUCGUGGAUUUCUCAGCCGCUGAGCAAACUGAUGAUGCUCUGUCGGAGGAAAUUGCCAGAGCUUCUGUCGUCUGCAUUGUUUAUUCCGUGGAAGAUGACACAACAAUUGAGCGCAUCUCCUCCCACUGGCUCCCCCUGAUCCGGGAGAGUAUGCCAAUGGAUCAGAAAAAGCCCGUAGUACUUGUGGGCAACAAAGUGGACCUAGUGGACUUUUCCACCAUCGACAUUUCCUAUUUUCAGCAAGUUCUCUCCAUCAUGGAGGCAUAUCCCGAGGUGGAGAGCUGCGUAGAAUGUUCCGCUAAAACCCUCCAGAACAUCUCUGAAAUGUUUUACUACGCACAGAAGGCUGUUCUGCAUCCAACUGCUCCACUCUACAGCACGGAAGAUCAAGAUCUUACGAAUGAGUGCAAGAAGGCCUUGGUGAGAAUCUUCAAGGUUUGCGAUAUCGAUGGAGACGGUCUGCUCAAUGACUACGAGCUCAAUCACUUCCAACGGCGCUGCUUCAAUGCUCCUCUGCAGCCUCAGGUGUUGGAUGAAGUGAAGGCUGUGCUGAUAAAGAAUGUCCCUGAUGGGAUUCGCCAGGAUGCUGUAACCCUCAAGGGAUUCCUCUUUCUUCACUGCCUCUUCAUUCAGCGUGGAAGGAAUGAGACAACUUGGGCAGUGCUGCGGCGUUUUGGCUACAACGAGCACCUGGAGAUGUCCAGUGAGUAUCUGCAUCCGCCAGUGAAGGUACCACCGGGAAGCAGCACAGAAUUAUCUCAUCGUGGUCAGCAAUUCCUCACGGCACUCUUCGAUCGGAGUGACCGUGAUGGGGAUGGUGCGCUGUCACCUGAAGAAUUCAGGAAUCUGUUCAGUGCUUGCCCCAGUCCACCGUGGAUGUCAGACAUCAAGUGGACAGUGUCGACCAAUGAGAAUGGGUAUCUCACUCUUCAUGGCUGGAUCUCCAGAUGGGCUCUCAUGACACUGGUGGAUUUGCCCAAGACACUGGAAUAUCUGGCAUGGCUGGGAUUCAAUGUGCACGAGAAUGAGUCACAAUUGGCGGCAAUUCAUGUGACCAGGGAGAGAAGGCUGGACUUUGCCAAGAAACAGAGCAGUCGAUCGGUCUACGUAUGCCAUGUGAUUGGCCAGAAGGGUUCCGGAAAGACGGCUCUGUGUCGUGCCUUCAUCUACGACGAUAUGAGGAAGAUCACAGAGAAAGAUCUUAGAAGUGGUGUUCAGCACUGCAUCAAUGUGGUUCAGGUGUAUGGUCAGGAGAAGCAUCUGGUACUUCGAGACAUUGAUGUGAGACAGGUGCUGGAUCCCCUGCAGCCAAAUGAGGUUCACUGUGAUGUAUCCUGUCUAGUCUAUGAUAUUAGCAAUCCCAGUUCAUUUGAGUACAUCGCCCGGAUCUACAUCAAGUAUUUUGCUGAAAGCAAAAUUCCCGUUUUGAUUGUUGGCACAAAGGGUGAUUUGUUGGAAGUGCCUCAGAACUACCUUCUGCAGCCGACAGAAUUUUGCAGCAAGUACAAAAUACUGCCACCGCAAAUUUUCAGUGUGAGAGACAACAAGAAGGAUCUCUUCACUAAACUUGCCACAAUGGCGGCUUUUCCUCGCUUCCAAGCGGCUUGGAUCCUCUUUUACAAGCACAGGUUGGUACAGCUGUGGGAGACCACUCCCCUUCGACGCGUCGUGAAUUUCCUUUUUAUGAGCCCCAACACUCAGACGUCUUGGUCCCAACCAUUCAAUGUCAACAGACAUCUGAAGCACUUUGGAUUGACCCCAGGUGAUCCUUUGGUGUGGUGGAAAGCUGGCCUAGGUAUUGCUGCCAUCACUGUAGUCGGAUGGUAUGUUGUGAGAGCCUUCCAGAGGAAUACGUCCACCAGCUACAGCCAUCGAUGAAGCGGCAGGGAAAAAGAGAGAGUGGCAGCGCUCGCACAAAAAAAAAGGUGUAAAUAAUAAUUCUUUCCGUGAGUCCAGGACACGACGCAAUUGUGGGGAAAAAAAAUAAUUUGUAUUAAUUGAAUAGGAUUUUAUUCCCAAAGUAGAAGAAAACAGUCAGUCAUAAAAUAAUAUUGAAAUAUCGCAGACACGUAGUCAUUCAAUGAUAAUUAGAAAUGUGUAGAAGAAGAGAAAGGAAGUCAUCAAAAAAAGAGAUUGUUUAAGCUUGGAAUUCCGUGAGAAAUUGGGAGGGAAUAAAAGUAUGAAGAAAAGUCUUGUAGAUUUUCACUGUGAAUUUCUUUUUUUUUUUUUUAAUGUGAACUCUUGUAAAUAUUUCAAUCACAAUUUUCAAGCUUUUUCAUCUCUGGUUGUUUUAUCGCGUUUUGUUUUUUUUCUUUCUUUUUUUUAAGUCAACUGAUAGCGAAAUACUUAGUCAAAUAGAUGAUAAAUAAAAUUUGAGAGAAAUAAAAUGAAGGAAAAAUUGAGGAUUUGAA